UCAAUACUGCUUGCAGCUGGGAAACUGGCAAGGAUCCCUACUGCAAUCCUGGGAUCGGUCGGCGCAGAGCAGCCUCCAGUGCCGCCUUUUGCUUAUUGUUGUUGUUGUUUUUUCCUCCCUUGGAAGUGUGUGUCAGUCACAGCUAUGCCGCUCCCACUAGUGCGCUAACAAGGAGAGGAGAGAGCAGGACGGAGACGCAGAACAGGAAUACUCAGCAGGAGAUCCAGUCCCGGCAAGGGACAGAGUCCUUGGGGAAUCUGUGCUAGUAUGGUAUCGAUCUCAGCAGGAUAGGCUGAGCACUGGAAAGCUUGACUGGAUCUCAGCGCACCUGCUCCUAACGGGCUCGGGCCAUGAGAAGCAGCUGAUGUCUGCGAUGGCUGGCCUGGACCCGCAGAUUUUGAUACCACCCUGCCAGCGCUACUGUUGCCUCGGUACCCAACAGCCCACUAGAAGAGUUUGACCCGCCCCUCCUCUACAUCUCCAGGGCUUCCUUCAGUUGCCUCCUGGCGCUACUCUGGGCCCAUCAUGGGAGGAUGUCUCUCCAAACCCAAACCAGUGGAGGUUAAAGUUGAACUCACGCUCCUUGAGAAAGAGAAGGAAACGGACGCAAUGUCUCCCAAUGGCAAGGUUAGCCCCUUCUCCGACUGCAGGCCCAAUGGGGCCCCUGGUCAUUGCUCCGAUGACGACACCUCCGUCAUGCUGCGUCCUUACCACAAACCCCGCGACUACGUCGAGGCAUCCGUGUGUCAUGUCAAGGACCUGGAGAACGGACAAAUGCGGGAGGUGGACUUGGGGAGUGGCAGGGCUCUGCUGAUAAAAGAACAUGGAGAGUUCUGCGCCAUUGGACACAAAUGCCCACACUAUGGGGCUCCACUGGUCAAAGGUGUCUUGUCCAAGGGGCACAUACGCUGUCCUUGGCAUGGUGCUUGUUUCAACAUCGCCACUGGAGACAUCGAGGACUUCCCUGGACUGGACAGCCUGCCCACGUUCCAGGUCAGAGUGGAAAAGGACAAGGUGAUAAUUCGGGCUAACAAACAGGCUCUUCAGUCACAGAGGAGGACAAAGUCCAUGUCUAGAUGCUCAGCAGUCAUCAACUCCAGCACAGGCUUCAGCCACAUUCUCAUCAUUGGAGCAGGUCCAGCUGGGCUGGUGUGUGGAGAGACGUUAAGGCAAGAAGGCUUCACUGACCGCAUUGUCAUGUGCACCAUGGACAAGCAUCUGCCCUAUGACAGACCUAAACUGAGUAAGUCCCUUGAAAGUACUGCAGAACAGCUCAGGCUGCGAUCAAUGGACUUCUUCCAGGCACAUGACAUAGAGUUGCUGACCGAAAAGGAGGUUGUGUCAGUGGAUGUGAGAACGAAAACAGUCACAUUUCAAGAUGGAUUGAAGAUGGAAUAUAGAAAACUUCUCAUUGCGACUGGAAGCAGACCGAAGCCGUUGAACUACAAAGGCAAGGAUGUGGAAAACGUGUUUUACCUCAGAACUCCUGAAGAUGCCAACAGCAUAGCCAGGCUUGCCAACAACAAGAAUGCUGUGAUUGUGGGUACUUCGUUUGUAGGGAUGGAAGUGGCUGCAGCACUCACUGACAAGGCCCAUUCGGUCUCUGUCAUCGGGAUCGAGGCUAUCCCCUUCCGGAAGUCUCUUGGGGAGAAAGUUGGAAAAGCCAUAAUGAAGAUGUUUGAGACCAACAGGGUGAAGUUCUACAUGCAGAAUGAGGUGUCCGAAAUGCGAGGUCAUCAUGGACAGUUAAAGGAAGUUGUCCUGAAAAGUGGAAAGGUCUUGAGGGCUGAUGUGUGUGUUAUUGGUACAGGAUCUGGACCAGCCACGGCCUUCUUAAAACAGAGCGGGAUUCACAUGGACUCAAAAGGCUUCAUCCCAGUCACUAAGACAUUGCAGACGAAUGCAGAUGGCGUCUUCGCAGGGGGCGAUGUGGUCACGUUUCCUUUGUCGGCACGCAGCAAUAAGAAGGUGAACGUCUCACACUGGCAAAUGGCACACGUGCACGGACGGGUGGCUGCGCUCAACAUGAUGGGCACGACGACCGAGAUAAAGACUGUGCCUUAUUUCUGGACAGCCAUGUUUGGGAAAAGCAUACGAUAUGCAGGUUACGGAGAAGGAUUUGAUGAUGUGAUCAUCCAAGGAGACCUGGAUGAGCUGAAGUUUGUGGCCUUUUACACAAAGAGCGAGGAGGUGAUUGCUGUUGCGAGCAUGAACUAUGACCCCAUUGUGUCCAGAGUAGCAGAGGUCUUUGGGUCCGGAAAGACGAUUAAGAAACGUGAUGUGGAGACGUUAACACGGCUUGGCAAGACUGGGGAUAUGUCUUGGCUGAUUGAUAAAGGCACACAGUGAGCAUCUCUGCUUGCGUCCUCCUCAGCUGUACUGCGCAAAUCUGCACAGCUCUC